AUGUUUCUGUCGGCUGUCUCCUUUGCCAAGAGCAAAUCAAAGAACAUUCUAGUGAGAAUGGUAAGCCAAGCUGGGACAGGUUUCUCCUUCAACAUCAAGAGAAGCCGCCUGGGGGAGAAACUGACGCUACUGCGUUAUGAUCCAUUUGUGAGAGCAAGAGUCCUCUUUGUGGAACAGAAAAAAAUACGCUCCAUCUAA